CAGUAGUAAAAGCUUAAGAUGCCGCCUCAGUUGAGAUAUAUAGGCGUACGUAAUUAACUAGAAUUUGGAGUUAUUUCGGGCUAAUUAUUUAAAGUGCUGACUGACAUCUUUUGAAUGCCGUAAAUUUUCAAAAUGUUCAUUGCUUUGAGAAAUAUUAUUAAAUUUGCCCCACGUCGUGGCAUUCAAUUUAGAGCAAUUCAAAAAGCAAGUGCCAGUUCAUAUUUAAUUGAAGAUCCUAAGUAUGCAUUUUUAAAAGACUUAGGUCUUGAGAAAAAUAAUCUUGGCGUUUACAAUGGAUCUUGGACAGGUUCUGGAGAGGUUAUCACUUCUACGUCACCUAUCAAUAACAGACCCAUUGCCGACGUAGUACAAGGAAAUUUAACCGACUAUGACAAUGCUGUUAAAGCUAUGCAGGAAGCGUGGGAGAUCUGGGCAGAUAUACCAGCACCGCAGAGGGGUGAAAUUGUUCGUCAGCUGGGAGAUGCAUUUCGAGCUAAGAAGAACACUCUGCGAAAACUAGUCUCUUUGGAAAUGGGAAAAAUUUUGGCCGAAUCUGAAGGAGAGAUUCAAGAAUAUAUUGAUAUAUGCGAUUACGCAGUGGGGUUAUCAAGAAUGUAUGAGGGUAAGGUUAUUCCGUCCGAAAGACCUGGCCAUGUACUCCUAGAAAUGUGGAACCCAAUUGGAGCUCUUGGAAUAAUCACAGCAUUUAAUUUUCCCGUGGCGGUAUUUGGAUGGAAUAAUGCUCUUGCUAUGGUGUGUGGAGACGUUAUGGUAUGGAAAGGUGCACCCACAACUAUGCUAACAAGUAUUGCUGUCAUGAAAAUAAUCUCUUCAGUUUUAGAAAAAAACAAACUGCCUGGAGCAAUUUGUUCUUUGGUUUGCGGAGGAGUUGAUAUUGGCUCUGCUAUAGCUAAAGACACACGUUUACCCUUAGUAUCUUUUACUGGCAGCACUGAUGCUGGUCUGAAAGUUGGUAUGGAAGUGCAAAGCAGAUUUGGUAAAAGUCUGCUAGAAUUAGGGGGUAACAAUGCCAUUCUUGUUGCUGAGGACGCAGAUUUAGACAUGGUAAUCCGAUCAGCGCUCUUCGCUUGUAUUGGCACUGCUGGUCAAAGAUGCACAACAACCAGAAGGAUAAUAGUUCAUGAGAAGGUUCACAAUGAAGUGGUUGAGAGACUGAAAAAAGCAUUCGUCAAAAUAAAGAUUGGAGAUCCAAUUGAGCCUGAUACUCUCUAUGGUCCUCUGCAUACUAAACAAAGUGUUGAUCAGUAUUUAAAAGCUAUUGAUCAAGCAAAAGAGCUAGGUGGAACUGUUGAAUAUGGUGGAAAGGUUCUUGAAAUGCCUGGAAAUUACGUUGAACCGACCAUAAUAACGGGUCUUCCACACGACGCAGGACUUGUACAUAGCGAAACAUUUGCGCCUAUCGUAUACAUUUUGAAAACAUCAAGUGUUGACGAGGCUAUCAAAUGGAACAACGAAGUAAAGCAAGGCCUGUCGAGCAGCUUGUUUACACAGAAUCUUGGCAAUAUAUUCAAGUGGCUAGGGCCUAAAGGGUCUGAUUGCGGUGUCGCCAAUGUGAACAUUCCUACAAAUGGUGCUGAAAUUGGUGGAGCAUUUGGAGGUGAAAAGCACUCUGGCAAUGGCAGAGGAUUAGGAAGUGAUUCCUGGAAGCAAUAUAUGCGAAGAACCACGUGCACUAUCAACUAUUCAAAAGAAUUACCUUUAGCACAAGGCAUUAAGUUUGAAUAGUUUUUAGGUCACAUAUAUUAUUAUCAAUUUUAAAUAAGUUUAAUUGACGUCUGAAAACAUGCAUUUUGAAAUUCUUAGUUUUCAAAGUUUUUCAGACUUCAAAAUGUUUCCCCUGUAUAUUUCGUAAAACGCAUUUGUAUAUGUACUCAUAGUAUUGACAAUUAAGAUGAAUAAACGUUAUCUCUUUGAGCUUCCA